GCUCGCUUCAAUCACUUUCUGUGUGAAUAGGUACAUGCCCAUUCUGCCAUUUCAUCCUAAACAUCUAAUCGUAAUUCUAAGUUCGUACAUCUUCAAACGUACUUGGUACCAAAAAAAUAAAGGUACUAGUUUCCUUGCCUAAUUAAGGUUUGAAAACUUUCUUUUGCAAGCCGAAUCGGUUGAGGAAUCCUCGUGAAUUCUUUAAUUUGCCGCUGGGCGUAUUUACAUACCUGUAAAUGGAGUGAGAGGAGUGAGGUCGCAAAUAUCCGUUCAAUCAACGAUCAGACCACAACUUCCCUUGCGUCUAUCUAUUCAAAUCGACUGCUCGAAUUCGAUAUAAUAUCACUUCCCUAUAGCCACGAUGGCGUCAGUAUCGCAAUCUCAGACCAACGGGGUACCAUCAUCCUCGGCACCAGGCCCGUCGCAAUCUGCUUCUCAGCCAACCCAGAACACCGCAACUAGCGGAUCGACUACCGUACCAAACACACAAGCAACCAACGCCUCGACAGGAGCAGGAGCAGGAACAGUCAACAAUAACACGCAAUCAGGCGUGUCCCAACCUCCCACCUCCCCGUCUCCCUCCCACGCUCCUCGGCCACGCGACGCCCGCACAAUCGAGCUCCUUCUAACCUCCCAAGGCGUCACAUCUUUCGACCAGCGCGUGCCCCUACUGCUCCUAGACUUCGCCUACCGCCACACGUCGUCCGUGCUCUCCGACGCGCUGCACCUGUCCACCGAUCCCUACACCACGCACGCAGGAUCCAAGCCCAGCGCCGCGUCCGGUGCAGCCCCCAGCGCCCCGAGCGCCGGCGAAGCCGCCGUCACCACCAACGCCAUCAACCUAGCCAUCGCGUCGCGACAGUCCUUCCAGUUCCGCGGCGCGUCCGGCGGCACCGGCGCCAGCAAGGAGUGGAUGCAGGAAGUAGCGCGGGACCGCAACAAGAUCGCCUUGCCGCGCGUUCUCGCCAACGAGUGGGGUGUGCGUCUCCCCAACGAGCGCUUCGUCCUGAGCGGGACGGGCUGGAGCCUCCGCGACCAGUGGAUCGAGCAGGAUGAUGAGGAUAGCGAUGAGGAUGAGGAGAUGGAGGAGGUUGACGGUCAGAGGCAAACGAAUGCUGAUACUGGGGAAGAGGGUGGCUUGGAGGAGCUGCUUGGUGAUGACAUGGGCGAUAUGGGCGAUGAGGAAAUGGAAGGAAUGGAGUGAUUAAUGGGCUAUAUUCCACGAAACUCUACCGGCAGCACAUCGAGGCUAGUCUUCUACAGCAGAAGCAGAAGAUGCUGCGCCGCCGCAUCUCUCAUGCGAUAGAUAUUAUGGAUAAUGGCGUUACGGCGUUGGGUAAAAAGUGCCGCAACGAGUUCGGCGCAUUGCGCAACGAUACAAUUUAAUUCUUCUUGCGCAUACAAUACAAUAC